AUGAUUACCAAGCAAAGUCAUGAUUUGAACGAUAAAAACACAACGUUUGACGUAAGUUCAAUCAACUGGUCAAAUCAUUCAACUUCAUCAUCUCAAAUCAAAUUACAAAUUAAUGACUAUGAUACUUAUCAAUCUUAUCCUACCAAAUUGGAUCAAUUAUACACAAAAGUUUCUCAAGUUCCAAUUAUCAGAAUUUAUGGUUCAAUUAAUGUUGAACAUAAAUCACCGGGAUUUGAAUUAUCUCCAAAUAAAAGAAGGAAAUUAAAUAAUGAAAUUUCUUCAAAUAAUAAUAAAUCAUCAGUAUUUAAUGUUGUAAUUCAUGUUCACAAUUUUUAUCCUUAUUUUUAUGUUGAUUGUCAUGAAACUGAUUAUAAUAAAUUACAAAGUCAAGAAUUUUUUGAUAGCCUUAUAACAUAUUUAGAAAAUUUACUUAAACAAUCAUUUGGGAAAAGACGCGGUAGGAAAGGUACUGAAGAACAGGAAUUGGAAACAGACGAAGAAGAAGAAGAAGCAAAUGAAGAAGCGAAAAAUGAUCAAAAUAGAAAACCAGAUGAUCACCAGAAAUCAAAAACUUUAAGAAAAUACAUUGCAAAUGUUUCAAUAUGUAAAGGUGUUUCGAUAUAUGGAUUCCAAUUAGGUUAUAAAUUAUUUUAUAAAAUAUCAUUACUAUCUCCCCUUUAUAAGAACAGAUUAGCAAGAAUGUUUCAAGAAAAUAAAGUGAGCUUAUAUAGAUUUGAUCAAAAUGAUAAUGAUGAAAAAAAGAAAAAACCUCCAUAUUCAUAUGUUUAUGAAGUUCAUAUUCCAUUACUUUUACAAUUUUUAACUGAUUUUAAUUUAUUUGGGUGCGGUUGGUUAUUUGUUGAUACUGAUCAUAUCAAUAAAGGACCAAAUACACGUGGAUUAUAUUUUAGAACUCCAUUAUUUACUGACAUAAGUCGAGAAGCCUACAAUCAAUCCCAAAUUUAUUCACUUACUAAAUUUUUACAAAGAUAUAUAACAGCAGAUAAUGUAUUAGUUGAUGGAGGUAAUUUACAAUCAUUUACAAGAAUAGGUAAAACAAUGUUAGAAAUGGAUAUAACAACUAGUGCCAUCGUUAAUAGAUCUUGGUUAUCAGCAAGGGAAUUACAUGAUGAUUUUACUGAAAGAAAUGAAUUUAAUGAGUAUCAAAGAGAUUUAAAAAUUUUUGGUUAUCCAAAACAUGGUUAUAAACAUGAAUUAGAUGGUAAUCCAAAAAUAUAUAUAUCAUCUUUAAAACAUAUCUAUAAUGAUUUAAAAUAUCAAUGUCAUUUAAAAAAUUCUAAUUUUGAUGUUUCUGUUGAUGUAUUAGAAUCAAAUACAAGAAAUUAUUUUGGAACUGGUUCAACUAAAUGGUCAAAUCAAAAACAAUUAGAUGAAUUAUUAGAUUAUUUAAUACAAAUGAAUGGAUCACUGAAAAAUAUGGGAUUUGAUAUAUAUUCUGAAAAAAUUAUAAAAGAUAGACAUUCUCAAGAUGAUUAUGAUUUUGAUAUAUUAGAAGAUUUUAAAACUUCUUUUGAUACAGUUGAUAUUGAAAAAAAUUUACAAUUUCAUAAUGAAAAAAUGAAAUUUGUUGAUAAUUUAGUAAUUUGGGGAGAUUAUAAUGAUUUAUUUAAAUUACUGCAACUGAUUACAAGUUUAUCAUCUCCUGAAUUAAAUGCAAUACCGGAAAAAUCAAUAGAAAUUUAUGAUAAUGAUUCUGAUACAGAUACAGAGAAGGGUGAGAUUAACUUAUUUAGUGAGAAUGGAGUGGAUAUAAACGAAAUUGAAGAUCAAGAAGAUACGGGGAAUAUAAAUUUUGAAGAAGAUGAAGAUAAAAAAGAAAAUGGAAAUGAAAAUCAGAAUGUUUUUAAUAUUGAUGAAGAUGAUGAGAUUGAGGAUUAUGAUUCAGCUGAAGAAUUUGAUGAAACUUUAAUGAGAUCAAUGACUCAGUUGAAGACUCAAAAUAAUGUUGAAAAGGCUGUGAAAAAACCAAGUUUUGAUAUUUUAUCACAAAUUGAAGAUGUUUCGUUUACUCCUACACCAAUUCAAAAUAUUUCUCCACCUUUAAUCAAUAUGAAACCAGGUAAAAACGAAUAUGAAGUGAUUGUACCUGAUCAAUUGAAAAAGGAAAACUAUUCUAAACUGUUUCAAAAUUUUGGAAUACUAGAAAUCAAUUAUACAGAUCCAUAUUAUAGUAAAAAAGAUGAUAUACCAUUAAGACCUUUUAUUUUUGCAAAUCAAAAAAUGCAUGUACAAUUGAAGAACGAAGAGACAAUGCCUAAACUUGAUAUAAUUGACCCAAACAAUUUGAAAAAACUAGAUCCCGUCAACUCUACUAGAACUUGGCAAUAUCAAAUUGAUCCACCAAGUAAAGCUAGUAUUUCCAAUUGGCUUAAAAAUGAAGAAUCAAAAGUUAUUAAAAAAAAAUUAAAAUAUAGAUCACAAAUAGAACCAGGUAUAACUCAAUCAAAUGAUUAUAAAUUUAGUUAUAAUUCAGAAAAAGUAGCAAGAAAACCAGAUGAAUUUAAUUAUUUAUCUGAUUUUCAUCUUGAAAUUCAUGUUAGUCCUCCUAAUUCAAAACUAGCAGCUGAUCCAUUAAGAGAUCCAAUAUCAUUUAUUUUUUAUUCAUUUGAUGAUGCAAAUGAAAUGUUUAAUGAUUCAAAAUUAAAAUCUGGAAUUUUAGUAUUUGGUAAAUUUGAUUUAAAAUUAUUAGGAAGUUUAAGUAAAUCUUUAAGUCAACAUAUUGAAUAUUUUGAACAUGAAAAAUCAAUGAUUGAAAGAUUAAUUGAAUUGGUACAGUUUUUCGAUCCUGAUAUAUUAUCUGGAUAUGAAGUAAAUUCAAUGUCUUGGGGUUAUAUAGUUGAAAGAUUUAGAGAUGUUUUUGAAAUGAAUAUAAUGAGUGAUUUAAGUCGAGGAUCUCAUAGAAGUAAUGGUAAAUUUGGUGAUAGAUGGGGAUAUACACAUACUGCAAAUAUAGAAAUUAGUGGAAGACAUAUUUUAAAUGUUUGGAGAAUUGUUAAAUCUGAUUUAUCAUUAACUAGUUAUACUUUAGAAAAUGUUUGUUAUCAUUUAUUACAUAAAUCAUUACCUAGAUAUCUGCUUCAUCAAAUUUCAAAUUGGUUAAAUAGUGGUAAUUUUCAAGAUUUAUAUGUUGCUUUAUCAUAUUAUAUUAAAAGAAUUGAAUUAACUUUAAAGAUCAUAGUUGUUCAAGAAUUAAUUACAAGAAAUGUUGAACAUUCAAGAUUAAUUGGUAUAGAAUUUAAUUCAAAUUAUUAUCGUGGAUCUCAAUAUAAAGUUGAAUCUUUAUUAUGUAGAAUUUCAAAACCUGAAAGUAUAUUAUUAAAUUCACCUUCUAAAAUUCAAGUUCAUGAAUUAAGACCAAUAGAAUGUUUACCAUUAGUUAUGGAACCAAAAGCAAAUUUUUAUAAAUCACCUUUAAUAGUUUUAGAUUUUCAAUCAUUAUAUCCAUCAAUUAUGAUUGCUUAUAAUUAUUGUUAUUCAACUUUAAUUGGAAAGUUACAUAAUUAUAAACCUAAAAAAAAUAAUAUUGGAUAUUUAAAAAAUUUAGACUUACCACCAGGAAUAGUAGAAUUAUUAAAAAAUGAUGAUGCUAUAAACAUAUCCCCUAAUGGAUUUGCAUUUGUUAAAAGUCAUAUAAGAAAAUCAAUCUUAGCUAAAAUGUUGGAAGAAAUUUUAAAUAUAAGAAUUAAAACUAAAUCAGUUAUGAAAUUAUUUAGAGAUGAUACAGAAUUAACUAAAUUAUAUAAUUCUAGACAAGUUGCGUUAAAAUUAAUUGCUAAUGUUACUUAUGGUUAUACUUCAGCAACGUUUAGUGGUAGAAUGCCAAAUUCAGAUAUUGCUGAUGCAAUUGUAGCAAGUGGUAGAGAGAUUUUAGAAACAUCAAUUGAAUUAAUUGAAUCUGGUGGAUUUGGAGCUAAAGUUGUAUAUGGCGAUACUGAUUCAUUGUUUGUUUAUUUUCCAGGUAAGUCAAAAGCAGAAGCUUUUUCACUGGGUAGAAAAAUUGCUAAACUUGUAACUGAUUAUUUUCCUGAUCCAUUACAAUUAAAAUUUGAAAAAGUUUAUCAUCCAUGUGUUUUAUUAGCUAAAAAGAGGUAUGUUGGAUAUUCUUAUGAAUAUGAAAAUCAAAAAGUUCCAAAAUUUGAUGCAAAGGGUAUUGAAACAGUUAGAAGAGAUGGUGUACCUGCUCAACAGAAAAUGACCGAAAAGGCAUUAAGAAUAUUAUUUGAAACUAAAGAUUUAUCAAAAGUUAAAGACUAUACAUUAAAACAAUUUUAUAAAAUAUUUUUUAAUAAGAUUUCCAUAAAUGAUUUUUGUUUUGCUAAAGCUGUAAAGUAUGGUGAUUAUAAAGAUGAAAGAUAUUUACCACCAGGUGCAUUACUUUCAAGUAAAGCUGCAGAAGAAGAUCCAAGAAAAGAACCUCAAUAUAAAGAGAGAGUACCAUAUUUAGUUAUUAGAGAUUCAACCAAAAUUAGAAUUAAAGAUCGUGUAAUGUUUCCUGAAGAUUUUAUUAAAACAUUAAGUACAUCCGAACCUUUGAUGUUAGAUUAUGAAUAUUAUAUAACCAGAAUGUUAAUACCUCCGUUAGAAAGAAUUUUCAAUUUGUUGGGAGCUGAUGUGAAAGGUUGGUAUAAAGAAAUGCCAAAAUUUACAAGAACAAAUGUAGUAAGUAUAUAUAAUGAUUCAUGUUUAGUUUGUGGAAACAGAUUAGAUGGUGGUCAAUAUGUUUGUCUGAAUUGUUCAUUUGAUAAGGAACAAUUAGCAACAAAUGUAAUGAUGAGUUAUAAAAAAAUUGAUGAAAAGACUAAAGAAAUUGAAAACCUUUGUAGAAAAUGUGUUCAAAAUGUUUUUUUACCUGGUGGAUCAAUGAGUCAAUAUACAAAUAAUUGUGUGAAUAGAGAUUGUUCAGUUUAUUUUAAUAAGGUGAAAGCACAACAAGAAUCAAGACAGUUAUUGGAUAGGAAAGUCAAAGUAUUAGAAGAAAUAGAUUGGUAA